AUGAAGCAGUUAAGAAAAAAAUGUAUUACAUUUGGACUGAUGUUUAUAAUAAGUAUAGAAAUUGUAAUUUGCGGGGGGUUUAAAGCAGCGUAUAAGAAACAAUUAAGUACAAAAAAUAAUCUAAGCACAAGUGGUACACGAUUUAUGCGGGGUAUGUUUAACAAUUAUAAUUCUGUACCAUCUAACAAUACUAACCAAUCUAUGCAGACAGAUGACCAGCCAUUAGAUCUAUCUAAUCCAAAUAAAAGGCCCCAUGAUACAGACAACAAUACUCAAAAUUCUAACGCUAUCAAAAGAGCUCGUUAUAUGGGUAUGAAUAAUGCAGAGAGCAAUGUAGAUAAUUCAGCAAUAGACAUAGCUACAGAACCAACAAUGGAUCUAACAUCAGAGCCAGCCCCAGAAAUGCCUUUAAAAGAAACUUCAGAACUAACCGCAUCCACUACUAUUAAUCCUCUUAAAGUUGAUUCUAACAGUAAGUUGGUUAUAACUAGUACAUUGUAUUUUUGUGCCGCUGAAAAUCAAUUUAUUAUACGAAACUAUACGAGUUAUAUAGAAAGUUUUGAAAAUGUGUUGUUUUCAAAUUACACUGGACAGCUUAAACCCGAAGCAGUAAAUCAAAAAACAUAUAUAAUAAUUGAAAACUGGAAGAGUGAGAAUGAAACAGAUAUUUGGACUAUGAUUAAAAGUGUGGACAUGGAUUUUCUUCUACUAAAAAGUGUAUUUAAAAAUAUGCUAAAAACAAGCUUCUCUAAUGAUUACAGAUUGACCAAUCCAUUAUGGUAUGAUGGAUUUAUAAAUGAUCUAGUUAAUUAUAUUAAAAGCCAUGGUCAAACGACCACAUAUCAGUAUAAAAUUAUUACUUCUUUACAUAUUAAUAAAAGAGCAGAAACUCUUGGAAAUAUUUGGAUAAAUAAAGAAGUAAAUUUAUACUGUUGCUGUAGUGGUAUAAAUAGUCAAAUGGUUUUAGAAGGAAACGAAAAGGACAUAAAACUUAAAAAAAAGUUGAAUGCUAUUCUUUUAAUGCCAGAGGUAUAUGAAGACUUCUAUAAGAUGUCACAGAAUAUAGUUGAUAAUUUUGUUAAAGAAAUUAAAGCAAAAAUAAUGAAUAGGGAUAAAAAAAAUAAGCGUACUAAUAUAAUAGACUUUGCAGAUAAUUUAAAAAUUGAACAGCUAUCAGAUUUAACAUGCAUUAUGAAAUAUCUUAUACACACUGCACAGAAAAAUGAAGCAUUGGCAAAAGAAGCAUACAAUGCAAUUAAACAAAUUAAAUUGCAAGGGGAUAAUCAGAAUUUAAUAGGCGAUUCUAAUGCAAUAGAAAUAUAUAAUUUUGUAUGUAAUAAAGUUAGUAUUUUUUAUAAAUACCAUGGAAUGACAUAUAAAUUAACAGCGGCACAGAAACAUGCUAUUAGAAAUAGAACGCGAUUGAUUCAUAUAGAUAAUAUGCAUGAAAUCCGAGUACACAAUAAACUGUUAGGGGGUGAUAGUUUUAAUGCACAACAACUUUUUAGAUCUAUUGCACAGAUAAAAAACAUAAAUGAAAUAGAAAAUAUUGGCUCUACUCAUGCUAUUGUCAUAGAUGAUAUAAAACACACUGACAUAUUCACUGAAAAUAACAUAUUACUAAGCAUAAAAGACCAUUAUCAUGUGCAAUUUGUAGACAAUGAGUGGCACACAGUUACAAUGGUUCAUCUUCCCUACUACACACAUAGGCAAAAAAAUGGUACAAUUGUAAACUAUCAGUUUCAUACAAUUAAAGACAUAAUAACUCAUUUAAAAUAUACUUUUAAUAUAAGAGAAUCCGGUAAACCAAGAGUCAUUAAAACAAAUGAUAAUGAUAUCUUAGACAUAAAAAAAAAAAUAGCAUUUGUAGAAAAGGGAGAAUAUAUCCAUUUAAAUACAAUAGAAUGGAUAAAACCUGGUCGUUAAUAACCGAUGAUUCGGAUUUAAACAAAACAGUACAUACAAUAGAAAAUGAAAACGGCAACGUAGUAUUCUAUUACAUAAAAGAAGACAUCAAAAAAACCGAGUUCUGUUUUGCACAAUUUGUGUAUUCAUCCGAAGUAAAAAGUAAUGUUAAAGACGGUAAUAUGGAUAAGAAU